AGGUUUCGACUGAAUAUUGGAUUUCUUCUUUAAGCGCUUUUAUCCAAUCGAUGUCGUAUUUUGGCGGAUUCAACUGAACCUUGGAUUUGUUAUGGUUUUAUUGCAUCGAUGUCAUAUUUCGGUAACCUCUGAAGGAACCUUGAGAAGAACACUUCCCUUUCGUUAGCUCAGGAAUGAAGUUACACAGCACUCACAAGAAAUAAGUUGGAGAAAUUGUGUUUCGAGCUCCAUAGCUGUGGAGCUCGGACAGCUGUCGGGUGAUUUGAAUGCAAUAUUCCUGCUUCUUGGCAGAAUGGGGUUGGACUGGAUGGCCCAUGAGGUCUCUUCCAACCCUUUGAUUCUAUGAUUCUAUUCAAGGAGGAAAGGGAGGAUUGUGCUGAAAAAAGUGGAGCUUGGUAAUUUAUUUAUUCAAAUGGACUAGAGCAAUACAAGGACUGAGAAGACAAAAUAAGGAGAAUAUAUCUGUGACCUUCUGGCAUAAUAUUUGAAUCCAAAAAGUAAAAGAAUGGAAAAUCUCAAUUCCUUGUCAAAAUCACACACAGGGGAGAAGCGAUAUAAUUGUAUGGAAUGUGGGAAAUGUUUCACUUUAAGAAGUUCUCUUACUACACAUCAACGAACUCACACAGGAGAGAAGCCGUAUAAAUGCAUGGAAUGUGGAAAGAGCUUCAGUCAGAGUGGGACUCUGCACUCUCAUCAAAGGACUCACACAGGGGAGAAACCACAUAAAUGCAUGGAAUGUGGAAAGAGCUUCAAUCACAGUGGACAUCUGCGUUCCCAUCAAAGGACCCACACAGGGGAAAAACCACAUAAAUGUAUUGAAUGUGGAAAGAGCUUCAGUCAGAGGUAUAGUCUGCAUACCCAUCAAAGGACCCAUACAGGAGAGAAACCACAUAUAUGCAUGCAUUGUGGAAAGAGCUUCAGUCAGAGUUCAAAUCUGCAUACCCAUCAGAGGACCCACACAAGGGAGAAGCCACAUAAAUGCAUGGAAUGUGGAAAGAACUUCAGUCAGAGAGGGAAUCUGCGUAUCCAUCAAAGAACCCACACAGGGGAAAAACCUCAUAAAUGCAUGGAAUGUGGAAAGAACUUCAGUCACAGCGACAGUCUGCGUAUCCAUGAAAGGACCCACACAGGAGAGAAGCCACAUAAAUGCAUAGAAUGUGGAAAGAGCUUCAGUUACAGUGACACCCUGCGUAUUCAUCAAAGGGCCCACACAGGAGAGAAGCCAUAUAAAUGCAUAGAAUGUGGAAAGAACUUCAGUCAGAGGGGGAAUCUGCGUAUCCAUCAAAGAACCCACACAGGGGAGAAGCUACAUAAAUGCAUGGAAUGUAGAAAGAGCUUCAGUCACAGUGACACCCUGCGUAUUCAUCAAAGGAUCCACACAGGGGAAAAACCACAUAAAUGCAUAGAAUGUGGAAAGAGCUUCAGUCAGAGGGGCAAUCUGCGUAUCCAUCAAAGAACCCACACAGGGGAGAAGCCACAUAAAUGCAUAGAAUGUGGAAAGGCCUUCAGUCACAGUGACAGUCUGCGUAUUCAUCAAAGGGCCCACAAAGGAGAGAAGCCACAUAAAUGCAUAGAAUGUGGAAAGAACUUCAGUCAGAGAGGGAAUCUGCGUAUCCAUCAAAGAACCCACACAGGGGAGAAGCUACAUAAAUGCAUUGAAUGUGGGAAGAGUUUCAGUCACAGUGUGAGUCUGCGUAUUCAUCAAAGGGCCCACACAGGAGAGAAGCCAUAUAAAUGCAUAGAAUGUGGAAAGAGUUUCAGUCAGAGUUCAAAUCUGCGUACCCAUCAAAGGAUCCAUACAGGAGAGAAACCACAUAAAUGCAUGGAAUGUGGAAAGAGCUUCAGUCGGAGUGACAGUUUGGAUAUCCAUCAUAGAACCCACACAGGAGAGAAGCCACAUAAAUGCAUAGAAUGUGGAAAGAGCUUCAGUCGCAGUGACAGUCUGUGUUCCCAUCAAAGAACCCACACAGAGGAGAAGCCACAUAUCGUAUAUACUUGAGCAUAAGCCGACCUAAUAUAAGAGGGGGCAUCAUAUGUUACCACAAAAAUUAGGAAAACUUAUUGACUUGAGUAUAAGUUAGGGUGGGAAAUGCA